AUGGCUCCCCAGAUAUUAGUAUUGAUUUCUGGAUCUGGUUCCAAUCUCCAGGCACUUAUAGAUGCUCAGAAGCAAGGAGUGUUAAAGGGUGAGAUAGCUCAUGUCAUAUCGUCGAAUGACAAAGCGUAUGGACUCACUCGGGCCGCCGAGGCAUCGAUUCCUUUUCAAUCACAUUGUUUGAAAAAUUACUACAAAGGAACAACUAAAGAUCAGGUGGAGGAGCGUCGAGUAUUGAGGGAAAAGUUCAAUGAGGAUUUAGCACACAAAAUUAUUGGUAUACAUCCCGACUUGGUGGUUUGUGCUGGAUGGAUGUUAAUAUUGUCACCUGGAAUUUUGACUCCUCUCGAACAAGCUGGCAUCCCUAUAAUCAACUUACAUCCUGCUUUGCCCGGAGCUUUUGACGGUACUCAUGCCAUUGAAAGAACAUGGAAUGCAGGACAAGAAGGAACAAUUACUAAAGGUGGAGUAAUGAUUCAUCGAGUAAUUGCCGAAGUGGAUCGUGGAGCCCCAGUUCUCGUUAAGGAAAUUGAAUUGAGUCCACACAAGAGUCUCGAAGAGUACGAAACCAAGGUUCAUGAGGUGGAGCAUGUGGCCAUAGUGGAGGGCACGAACAAGGUGUUGGAGAGUAUAUAA